AUGGCGCCUGCAAUGAACCUUAUCAGAAGUGUUGGGAAAAAGGUAAUUGUGGAGUACGAAGGACGGGUCUUUUCCAUCCCGGAGCAAGACUUUCUGCAAGUGUCCCGAUCGGAUGUGAGAUGCGGAUCCAAGCACGACCUUUAUUAUGGUACGAGUGAAGGAGUUGAUCGAACCCUUUACGAUACGUAUAGUGAAAUAAGUGAUUCGAAUUCGUCUAACGAAAAUCUAAAUCGUUCGCCUCAAGCGACGAACCCGAUUAAUCCGGUAGUGUCAAGCAGUGCAGCAAAAGUGCUUGCGGAGCUCAAGGAAGAAGUGACCCGGUUGAUUGAUGUAUCGAUACAGAAAAUCGAACUUGAAUGGGUACAAAACUCGAAUGCGGCUAAGGAUGCACCGUGUGAAGCAGUUCCACCAGAAGCAACGAUAGAUUCAGUCCUAUGUGCGCAAGCUACCUCCAAAAGUCUGCAUCCAGAUGGCGAUCGAAGUCAGCUAACGCACAGAGAGCAAAAUUUGCAAGUACUUCAUACGGAACAGUUCAUGACAUGCAAGCGACAAACACGAAUGAGGUUGCUAAACGAAAUUCGCGAGCUUGUUGAGCGUUUGAAAGAUUUGGAAACAUUAGAAAAUUGA